UGGCACAAGCAAAUGGAUGGGGAUUGAGCAUGAAAGGAGAGAGAGGGAGUUUGAGAGAGAAAAGAAGCAAAAAAAAAAAACACCACAGCACACUCUCCUCUCUCUCUCUCUCUCUCUCUCUCUCUCUCUCUCUCUCUCUCUCUCUCUCUCUCUCUCUCUCUCUCUCUCUCUUUCUCUCUCUCUCCCUCUCCUCUUCCCCCUCCCUCCCUCUCUCUCUGUCUCUGUCUCUGUCUCUGUCUCCCCCUCCCUCCCUUCCUCUCUCUCUCUCUCUCUCUCUCUCUCUCUCUCUCUCUCUCUCUCACUCCCCCCCCCCCCUUUGCCAGCGACGGUCUGCAGCCGGUCAGAACUCGUCCUUUUCCCCGGGAAUCUGCGAUCUCCCCCUUUUCCUCCAAACAGGCGGAGAGAGAGGCAGAUCUAAGUUUACAUCCCUGUGCCGUUGCCAAAGCCGAAAGCCUUUUUCUUCAGCUGCUGCUUUUUCUCUCCUGGGUUUUUGGCGGGGGGUGUGAGUGGGGUGGGUGGGGGUGGGGUAGGGAUAGGGGUGGGGAGCUGGAUUUGGGUUUUUCUUUCUGCAUAUAUCUUUUUUUUUUUUUUUGGAGGGAUGCACAGGAGGGGAAAUUGAAAAAAAAAUUGGCUUUUGUUUACCUGGCGUGUUUGGCAACGGGCUUUCUCACUGCCUGCCAUCUCUGACCUUUCUUUCUUUCCUUUCUCUUAUUUCCAAAGGAAAAAAAAAAUAAUCCCCCCCCCAUGUGCAUGAAGGGUUAAGGGGGAAAUGGGGGGGAUCUGAGAAUCCAACCAAGCCCAGCCCCCCUUCGGUAGAAAACCAAUAACACCCCCUUCCUUUUUAAAAUUUUUACCUUCAUCCUAUCCUUUCUCCUCCUCCUCCCACUCCCUCCUUUCCACACCCCCCCACCCCCAACUCACAACUCUGUUGAGUCCAGAAUUUCAGAAUCUGGUGUUGGGCUUUGCCGGGAUGCUUCGGAGGAAUGGAUGAAUUCCACCCGUUCAUCGAGGCCUUGCUGCCUCAUGUCCGUGCCUUCUCCUACACCUGGUUCAAUCUGCAGGCGCGGAAGCGCAAGUACUUCAAGAAACAUGAGAAGCGCAUGUCGAAGGACGAGGAGCGGGCAGUGAAGGAUGAGCUGCUGGGGGAGAAGCCCGAGAUCAAGCAGAAGUGGGCGUCCCGGCUCCUGGCCAAGCUGCGCAAGGACAUCCGGCCCGAGUACCGUGAGGACUUUGUGCUGACCAUCACCGGCAAGAAGGCCCCCUGCUGUGUCCUCUCCAACCCUGACCAGAAGGGCAAGAUCCGCCGGAUUGACUGCCUGCGCCAGGCCGAUAAGGUGUGGCGGCUCGACCUGGUCAUGGUGAUUUUGUUUAAGGGGAUCCCCCUGGAAAGUACUGAUGGGGAGCGGCUCUACAAGUCACCCCAGUGCUCCAACCCCGGCCUGUGUGUCCAGCCUCACCACAUUGGAGUCACAAUCAAAGAACUGGAUCUUUACCUGGCUUACUUUGUCCACACUCCUGAAUCCGGACAAUCAGACAGUUCAAACCAGCAAGGAGAUGCGGACAUCAAACCACUGCCCAAUGGGCACUUAAGUUUCCAGGACUGCUUUGUGACCUCUGGGGUCUGGAAUGUGACUGAGCUGGUCAGAGUAUCACAGACUCCUGUUGCUACGGCGUCAGGGCCUAACUUCUCCCUGGCGGACUUGGAGAGCCCCAGUUACUACAACAUAAACCAGGUGACCCUUGGGCGGCGGUCCAUCACCUCCCCACCUUCCACCAGCACCACCAAGCGCCCUAAGUCCAUAGAUGACAGCGAGAUGGAGAGCCCCGUGGAUGAUGUGUUCUACCCUGGUACAGGACGGUCCCCAGCAGCUGGCAGCAGCCAGUCCAGUGGUUGGCCCAAUGAUGUGGAUGCAGGCCCGGCUUCUCUAAAGAAGUCAGGAAAGCUGGACUUCUGCAGUGCCCUCUCCUCUCAGACCAGCUCCCCGCGCAUGGCUUUCACCCACCACCCGCUGCCCGUGCUAGCUGGAGUGAGACCAGGGAGCCCCCGGGCGACAGCCUCUGCUCUGCAUUUUCCCUCGACCUCCAUCAUCCAGCAGUCGAGCCCUUACUUCACCCAUCCGACCAUCCGCUACCACCACCACCAUGGCCAGGACUCACUGAAGGAGUUUGUGCAGUUCGUGUGCUCGGAUGGCACAGGCCAGGCUACAGGGCAGCCUAACGGUAGUGGCCAGGGCAAAGUCCCGGGGUCAUUUUUGCUACCACCGCCGCCUCCAGUGGCCAGACCUGUGCCCCUUCCUAUGCCUGAUACCAAAUCCACCAGCACUACCCCAGACGGCGCCGCCUUGACUCCUACAUCACCCUCAUUCUCAACGACAGGCGCCUCCUCUGCCAACCGGUUUGUCAGCAUCGGACCCCGGGACGGCAACUUUCUAAACAUCCCACAGCAGUCUCAGUCCUGGUUCCUCUGACAAGAUCUACAAGAAAAAAAGAAAGAAGAGGAUAAAGGGGGAAGAAGAAAUUUUGAGACAUGGAAAAAUCCCCCAGCCCAGCUCAGCUCAGCCUAGCCCGACUAGUCCCACCCCACCAAAAAGCAAAUAUUUAAAAGUCAUCACCCACUCUACCCUCUCCUGCCAGGGGAUCCCUUCUGGCACCCACAGAGCCCAGCCCAGCUGUCAGGACCCAGAAGAAGGGGCCUGGGGUGGAACCACACACCAGCAGCCAGGAGGAAAGGAAAACUGGGGAAAACAAAUUUAAAAAACAAACACAAACAUAAAAGGGUGACAAGGAGCGGUCCCCCUGUCCACUCCCUCCACCUUGACAUCCCUUACCCCUCCUCUCUUUCUCACACAUACACACUCACACACACAUAUACACACUCUCACACACUCACUACUGGGGUCUCCUGGCUACAGCCCAGGCAAAGCCAAGGGGAAUGGAGUGAAAGUUGAAAAGUUUUCCAACCUAUAACCAACCUUGUUGGGAGGGUCCCAAGCUCUACCCUUCCUGCCCAAGGUUGUUUAUUUGGUAGAUGGCAAAGCACACUUCCCCAGCACACCUCAGGCCCACUGUCCCCUUGGGGCUUGAAGAACUGGCUUCACUGAGGUGUUAUGAUAGAAAUCUCCAAGGGUCUUGAACCCUUCUUAUCCCUCUUCCCCCUCCCCACCCCCUUCCUAGCCUGGUCCUAUUCCUCCAGCAUGGGCAGUUGAUUCUGAUCUGACCUUGGUUGUGGGGGGGGUGUGUAAGGGUACUUUCCAAGGCUUCUUUCCAUUGUUCCAACACCCAGGAGCCGAAGGCCUGGGGGAGGGAGAGCCCCAGAGAGUUAGGCCUGGCCAAGGAUCCAGGAAGGUCUUUGAUACCUUACUGGAACCACUGUGGUUGUUUUCUGCUUUUAUUCUUAUGAACCAGGGUAAAAGGGGACUAAGUUCUGAUGUGAACUUGACCCAGAGGGGGUGCCAGUCAGCUGGAGCCCGUGGAAGAGAGGCAGAGCCUGCCCCUGGAAUAGACCUAGCCCAGUAUUGUACCCUCUUCCCCACACCAGCCUUGAAGACAGUUUUCGUGUCACCUUAUCAUUAUGUACAGUCUGUAGGAACAAGUUGAAAUGCUCUCAACAGGACCAGCCAGCUGUCCCCCUCCUAAGCCCCCCUUGUUGCCUUGGAUGCUCCAUUGUUCUACACUGGCCUCCCUCCUCCCCUAACCCCCUGGAGACAGGGCCCAAAAGAGAUGGGAAGGAGUGAGGCCAAGACUGGAGCUUGGACUCUGGGGAGGCAGUUUCUAAGUGUCUGAGCAAAGGGAGAACUGGCCUGUCCCCACAAGAAUCUCCCUGGCUCUUUUCGCCCUCUAACUUUUCCUCCAACCCAGUUCUUCUAAGACACCAGCAGUCCUUCCACCUACCCCUCCCCACCCCCCCAAAACAACAAUCUUCCAGAGAGGCUAAUUGAAUAGCCCUGGCCUGUGGCUCCCCCUGGGCUGGCCUAAAAGGCCAAACUAACGUCAAGGGCAUCAGCUGGAUUGGUGAAGUCAGAAGCUGGAUUGGAGGAGAGAAGUCAGCCCUACCAGCCCCAGGUCCACAGCUGGCUGCCGGCCUUUUGAGAGCUUUUCGGCUGGGAUGCUAAGUCACAUCUACCCUAGGUAGGCUUUGUGCUCACAGACUUGCUCUCAUUUAUGUUCCUUUAGAGGGAAAGGUUGGGUGGUGGUGUACUUCAUUUAGUAUUCCAGAGCUUUCUCUCUCCCACUUUUCCUCUUCCAUCCCCUCUCCUUCCCUGCUUUCCUCUAGUCCGUUUUUAGCUGUAUUUUUUUCCUCUUGUAGUUGGGAAAUUGUUAUCAAAUUGGGAACAAAAAGAAAUCAACAUGUCCUAGAAAGCUGCCCCUCUCUGUGCCCCUCCCUUCCCCCCACCAUGGGCUCAGACCAGGGAGAGAGGCCCAAAAGCCAACCAGCUGAUUUUGUCUUCUCUCUUGGCUGGGCAGGAUCUUGCAUUGGGCAAGGGCAAAGGGCCAGGGGACUCGAGGCCCACACAACAUCCAUAGGUAGACAGGCUCUAGGUUCUCCAGGACUUCCUUCUCACUCUGUGUGACUUCUCUCUCUGUGCCUUACUCCCUCCUCGCUUCUCUUUGGUCUCGACUCCUCCUCCUCCUCCUCCCUCUCCUCUUCUCCUCUUUUCUCUCUUCUCGUGUCUCACACACACAUUCUAUGGAAACAUAAAGCCCAGGUUGGGAGCCUCUGUCCAACAUUGCACUGGGUUGGGGGGAGCAAUGGGCUCUAUCGGUUUUGCAUUGGCUAAUGGCUGUGGAUGGUGUGAUCAGGAGAGAUUAGGCCAGCCCUAAGAGGGGGAGUGGGGUGGGGGGUGGGGAGGAAAGGUAGUUUUGAGCCUCAGACCUGCCCAGGGUGGCCCCCACCUCCUCAACUCAGCCAUAAGAGGUUUGAAUGUUUAAAGUGGACUGUGUCUGUCCCUAUCUGCAGCCUUGUACAAGGACCAGGAAAGAGAGGGAAGGGGAGGAAUUGGGGGGUUGUGGCCUCCCUGUAUGUGCUGGCUGCUCUCCCAACUCAGAGUGGGGUUAGGAGCCGGCUUGGGCGGCUGAGGCCGGGCUGGGGCCAGGGGUGCUACCUGGUCAAAGUGCAAUGAUUUUCCAGUUCGGUUGGCAAAACAGGGUCAGACCUGCAGCAGGGAGAGGAGAGGGAAGAGCCUAAAGCUGACCUGUCCAGCCUCCUCCCUGCCUCCGCUCACCCACCCCUUUCCCUGGGGACUCCCCCAGACAAUCGUUGCCACGCACAAACCUCCGUGCCUGGGCCUUGUAUGUGUCCCUAACCUCACGGAGCCAGGCCCUAGCUUGGGGUCUUGGGGAGCUUCUGUUGCUCCCUCCUCGCACUAGGUAUAAAGCUGCAGGCCAGCUGCGUGUGCCUCACCUCCUUGCCCAGCCUAGGUGGGGGGGCAGUCUGAGGUGAAGGGGGGCACAGGGAACCCCCAAAUUAGGACAGUCUCGGCUUAGAGUCGUCUUGGUUGGGGGGGUUGGGGAGGGGGGGAUGGUAGAGCAAGAUAGAAGCGGGCCGCGGCAAUGGGGGUGGGGUGGGGUGGGGAUUUGCAUGGAAUCCGUUUGUUUCCCUGAUUACCAUCAUUUCGGUUUGAGGGCAGGAGGCGGCGGUGGCGACAGGAAGCGGGGACUGUUAGAAAAAAAAAAAGAAAAAACACAAAAACCUUUAAAAAAAACAAAAAUAUAUAUACGGGGGAAUGAACUUUUUUUUUCAUUGAACCAAGUGCAAUGCAUUGGAGAGUUUUCCUAUCUUUGUAUGUUAGAGAUUGUUAAGAAGAAGAAAAAAGUCUAUUUUUGUUGCAAUGUCCUCGCGGCUCUGGGGACACUAAAGAAGCGGGCCGCCCGCCGCGUGCGGGCACCGAUGCCCAAGUGGGUUUUCCGUUUGUUUGUUUUUUUUCGUUUCUUUUUUUUUUCGUUCGUUCGUUCGUUUUCGGUUGUUUCUUUUUUCUUUCUUGAAGCCGUUUGCCUGCGUGGACGAGGCCGAUCCGGGGCUUGCCCUGCGUCGCCGUCUGUUCUCGGGGUCGGUGGGAGGGCUGAAGGAAGGAUUUCCACAUUUAAACCACAUUUAAACACCACAGAAUCAGAGAGGAAAAGGACGAGAGGAAAAUUUUUAAAAAGAAAAAAGUUAAAAAUAAAAAAAAUAAAAAAAUCCUGGUGCUUUGUACAUUAUAAAGUACAUUUAAAAAAAACCACCCAACUCUAUUAUACGUCAGUUUAUGAACCAGUUAAGUAUCAUACCGCACGUUAGGAACCACGCAUAGCCCUUUGUUAUGUUAACGCACGGGACAGCGGUUUGCGCUCGGCGGCUGGGCGAGGCUGCCCCGGGCUGGCGCGGAUCUCCUGGGGGCCCCUGGCCAGGGGCCACCCACGUUCCCCUAUCCGGACACAGAGGCCCCUCCCCUGUCCCCAUCCCCUGCAGAGGUCAGUGUCCAGUCACCGACGCCACCCCCUCGAGCGCCUUUCUUUGAGCCAGACGCCAACUUGCCCCACACCAGCAUUGUCCAGGGAGCGCUCUGCAAGUUGGUUAGUUUCCUCUUCCCUUCCCUUCCCCGGCGCCCUCCUCUGACCCCCGCCCCACUCAGCACCCCUGGCAGACCGGCCGCACAGAGCGCCCGCCGGAGGCUGUGGAAAGGGUUUGACGCUUCAGGGAAGGACCAAACCUGCUAACUCAAAUAACACCGGCCCCUCCAACCCCAUCACACCCACAGACACAUAAAACACACUCACUCACACACACACACACACGCAACACAACCCAAUCGACUUGCCUUACACCCCCCCCCCCCCACCCGCGCUGGCCGGCCAACCUAGUGCCUUCUCCUCACUCCCACCCCCCCUCCCCCGUGCUGGUGGAGCGGACGCCGCGCUCUAGCUCCCAAAGGGGCAGAGUGGACCAGAUGAUCAGAUGAAUCCCUACUCCCAUCCCCAAAUUCCCAAUCCAGACCCUUCGCCCGACUCCGAACAACACUAACAAAAUCACACAAAAAAAGGAGCAAUAAAGUCAAGAGGACUUUGUCCCCCUCCCCCAAUGGAGAAUCCAAGGGCCUCCAGCCCUGCCCAUCCCCGGGGCGCUCCCCCGGACACCACUCCCCACGCCAGCCUGGGCCAGCCGCACUAUAUAGCCCUUUACCCCUUUCCUUUCACGCCCCCCUUCCCUGGAGAUCCAUGCGCCCGGACAGCACCAGCAUCGCGGACAGCAAAGCCGCCCGUCCCGUCAAACAAGUUUCUUCUUAGGCUAAGAAACGCAGUAUAUAUGAGUAUCUCUAUAUAGUACUAAUGGAUUUGGUGUGCUUCCCCUUAGCAUCCCCCUGUCCCUUUUGCUCCUCCUUCAGCCUGGUCCCCCUCCCUUCCCUUCCCCAUCUCCGCACUGAGAUACAUAAGAAACAAGGGUAGUUUACUGUCUGUUUUGUUUUCUGGGUUUUCAGUGUCCUAGCGGAAUGCAGGUAGGCAGCCAGCCCGUAUGUUCCCCUUCCCUUCCCCUGCCCCUUCUCCCGCCCCGGCCCCUGUCACUGCGCUUCUGUUACACCAUCUUUGCCUGACUCUCUCCAGCUUCUCCAUUGAAUGGCUAAUGUGUAUGUGAAAUAAAGAAAUAAAGAAAAACAAAGACGAA